UUGGUACGCGCCGGCGCAAAGGCCAGGCCCAGCCCUGGCGGUACAAUAGGGUUGGGCCGCGACGGGGACCGGGCCGGCGCCGGGCAGGGAAGAAGGAUCGCGGCCGGAGCCGACAGAUCCUGGGCAGCCAGCGACUCCGAGCCUCGCAGGCCACUAGCCGAGCCAGCCUCUACCGUCCCCGGAGCGCUCCCGCCUCCGAGUUGUUGCCCGCGGGGCCGGGCCGGGCGUGAUGCGCCGCGGGACCCUUGUCCUGGCCGCUGGCCGUCGCCGCCGUCGCAGCUGAGACUCCAAGAUUCCCCGGUGACGCCGCAACUAUGGAGAACGGCCCACAUGCCGAGCCGGGUGCCGGCGCACCCCCAGCUAUGGCAGCCAGGACCCCCCCAGAGCCAAGACCUUCUCCAGAAGGUGACCCCUCCCCACCUCCGCCACCACCACCAAUGUCAGCCCUGGUCCCCGAUACUCCCCCGGACACGCCUCCUGCCAUGAAGAGUGCCACUAACGCUAAGCAGCUCCCACUGGAACCAGAGAGCCCCCCAAGGCUGGUUGGGCCUAGACCAGCCCCCCAUCAGGAAGAGUCCCCUUUCUCAGAAGCGAAGAUCAGGGGACCUACCCCACCAGCCACAAGCUCACGGGAUUCUAAGCCUAUCCGAAGGAGCAGCCAGCCAUCCCCAACAACAGUGCCAGCCUCUGACAGCCCUUCCGCCAAGCAAGAUGCAAAGAAGGCAGAAGAGAGACAUAAACUGGCAAAGGAACGGCGGAAAGAGCGGGCCAAGUACCUGGCGGCCAAGAAGGCCGUGUGGCUGGAGAAGGAGGAGAAGGCCAAGGCGCUACGGGAGAAACAGCUCCAGGAGCGCAGGCGGCGGCUGGAGGAGCAGCGGCUCAAAGCCGAGCAGCGCCGAGCAGCCCUGGAGGAGCGGCAGCGGCAGAAGCUCGAGAAAAACAAGGAGCGCUACGAAGCAGCCAUUCAGCGGUCAGUGAAGAAGACAUGGGCUGAAAUCCGGCAGCAGCGCUGGUCCUGGGCAGGGGCCUUACACCACAGCUCCCCAGGACAUAAGACUAGUGGGAGCAGGUGCUCCGUGUCGGCAGUAAACCUGCCCAAACACGUGGACUCUAUAAUCAACAAGCGGCUCUCAAAGUCCUCUGCCACGCUCUGGAACUCCCCCAGUAGAAAUCGCAGCCUGCAGCUGAGCGCAUGGGAGAGCAGCAUCGUGGACCGUCUCAUGACGCCCACCCUCUCCUUCCUGGCACGGAGUCGCAGUGCAGUCACACUGCCCCGCAACGGCCGGGACCAGGCCGUGCCGGUGUGCCCGCGCUCGGCCUCCGCCAGCCCUCUGACGCCUCCAUGCAGCGCCCCCCGCAGCGUGCACCGCUGCGCCCCCUCCGGGGAUCGCGGGGAGCGCCGCAAGCCCAGCGUGGUGGGCAGCCCCGCCCCGGCCCGCCGCCGGCCAGAGGCCUCUCCGGUGCAGAAAAAGGAGAAGAAGGACAAGGAGCGGGAGAAUGAGAAGGAGAAGAGUGCCUUGGCCCGGGAGCGCAGCCUCAAGAAGCGUCAGUCUCUGCCUGCCUCUCCGCGCCCGAGACUCUCUACCGGCGCGGCCUCUGAGCUCAGUCCCAAAUCCAAGGCCCGACCAUCCUCUCCCUCCACAUCUUGGCACAGACCUGCCUCUCCCAGCCCAGGCCCCAGCCACACUCUGCCCCCCAAACCGCCAUCCCCCCGAGGCACCACUGCAUCACCCAAGGGGCGGGUUCGGAGGAAGGAUGAGGCAAAGGAGAGCCCCAGUGCGGCAGGAUCCGAGAACAAGAACCAGAGCAAGAACAAAGCCAGUGAUGAGAAGGAGCCUGCAGCCCCAGCCUCGCCAGCAUCCUCACCUGUGCCCUCACCCACUCCAGCCCAACCCCAGAAGGAGCAGCCCGCGGCCGAGAUCCCUGCAGAUACUGCUGUUCUGACCUCACCCCCAGCCCCUGCUUCCCCGGCGACCCCUAGCAAACCCAUGGCGGGCACCACAGACCGAGAAGAAGCUACUCGGCUCCUGGCUGAGAAGCGGCGCCAGGCCCGGGAGCAGCGGGAGCGUGAGGAACAGGAGCGGAGGCUACAGGCAGAAAGGGACAAGAGAAUGCGAGAGGAGCAGCUGGCACGGGAGGCCGAGGCCCAGGCCAAGAGGGAGGCAGAGGCCCGGAGGCGAGAGGAGCAGGAGGCUCGAGAGAAGGCGCAGGCGGAGCAGGAAGAACAGGAGCGGCUUCAGAAGCAGAAAGAGGAAGCCGAAGCUCGGUCCCGGGAAGAAGCAGAGCGGCAGCGUCUGGAGCGGGAAAAGCACUUCCAGCAGGUGGAGCAGGAGCGGCAAGAGCGCAGAAAGCGUCUGGAGGAGAUCAUGAAGAGGACUCGGAAGUCAGAAGCUGCUGAAACCAAGAAGCCAGACAGGAAGGAGGCAAACGUCAACAAUUCCAGCCCAGACCCUGUCAAAGCCGGAGAGUCUCGGCCCUCAGGGCUGCAGAAGGAGGCUGUGCAAAAGGAGGAGCUGGCCCCCCAGGAGCCUCAGNACAGCCUGCCAAGCAAGGAAUCACCAGGGUCCCUGGUGAAUGGCCUGCAGCCUCUCCCAGCACACCAGGAGAAUGGCUUCUCCCCCAAGGGACCCUCUGGGGACAAGAGUCUGGGCCGAACAUCAGAGGCACUCCUGCCCUUCGCUGAGGCAGAAGCCUUCCUCAAGAAAGCUGUGGUGCAGCCCCCACAGGUCACAGAAGUACUUUAAGGGGUUGUCUUGGAUCCAGGCACAGCUAUGAGGGCUCCUCUGCAUCAUUUACCAGGAUGUCUGGAAAAGAAAGAGACAGAACAAAGCCGGAAGUGGCCUGGGCCCCUGGGGGUGGGUCCUCUCUGUUAUUUUUAAUCUGCACCUUAUAGACUGUUGUCUCUUUGGCUGGAGCCAGACCCUGCUCCUCAGUGCAUUCGUGUGCUCACACGCGCGGACACCCUCCCAUACACACACAUACACUCACAGCCUCUCUGGCCUCCUCCCUUUAGGAAGGGCCGCCUGUAGUAUUUGCCUUGGUUUGGUGGGGUACAGUGGAUGUGAAUACUGUAAAUAGCUUGUGCUCAGACUCCUCUGCGUGGAGGGGAUGGGUGCAGGAGGCAGACCCUCCCAAGACUCCCUGGGGAGAUCUUCCUCUCUAUUUAACUGUAACUGAGGGGGAACCCAGGUCUGGGGGUGGAGGGCACCGUGGGCCACAGGAUGCUGGUUGCUUUAGGGGUACCCAUGCCCCCUGCCCUCGCCUGGAAUCAGUGUUACUGCAUCGGAUCAAACUUCUCCAGAAAUAAAGUGAGAAUAAUUCUGCCA